GGGUGGGCCUAGCAGCGGCCUUUGGGACAGGGGUUCCCAACAUGUCCGCGCUGCUGGCGGCGCUCGGCGUGCGUGAGCGGGUGGCGACAACGGCCGGCGGCGGUCAGCACGGGGCGGCCCGUGCCUGAGACUGAGCUAGGUCCACCUUCACCCGGGCCGGGCGCUACAGGGCUGCCUAGGGCCUGGACGCCAGAGAACGCCGGUGUUCGUCCACCGACAGGAAAUACCAAAAUAAAGCAGAUGCUGUGUCCUGUACUCUUAUCUCACAGUUUUGCAAGUCAUUCUGUUACGUGCUUCUUGGCAGCAGGAAUGUAAACUAAUUCUUUCAGCACUGAACUAGAAACUUGACAAGAUUGCAAUUACAGAUUCAAUAUUGCAUAAACAUGGGUGCAUUUUUGGAUAAACCUAAAACUGAAAAACAUAAUGCUCAUGGUGCAGGGAAUGGCUUGCGUUUUGGCCUCAGCAGUAUGCAGGGAUGGAGAGUGGAAAUGGAAGAUGCUCACACAGCUGUUGUAGGUAUUCCCCAUGGCUUAGAGGACUGGUCCUUUUUUGCUGUCUAUGAUGGUCAUGCAGGAUCACGUGUUGCGAAUUAUUGCUCCACGCACUUAUUGGAACACAUCACUAACAAUGAAGACUUUAGGGCAACAGAAAAACCUGGAUCUGCUCUUGAACCUUCAGUGGAAAAUGUCAAGAGUGGAAUCAGAACUGGCUUUUUGAAAAUUGAUGAGUAUAUGCGCAAUUUCUCAGACCUCAGAAACGGGAUGGACAGAAGUGGCUCAACAGCAGUGGGAGUUAUGAUUUCACCUGAGCACAUGUACUUUAUCAACUGUGGUGAUUCACGUGCUGUUCUCUAUAGGAAUGGACAAGUCUGUUUUUCAACACAGGAUCACAAACCUUGUAACCCAAGGGAGAAAGAGCGAAUCCAGAAUGCAGGAGGCAGUGUAAUGAUUCAACGUGUUAAUGGUUCAUUGGCAGUUUCUCGAGCUCUGGGGGACUAUGACUACAAAUGUGUUGAUGGUAAAGGCCCUACAGAACAACUUGUUUCUCCAGAGCCUGAGGUUUGUGAAAUUCUAAGGGCAGAAGAAGAUGAGUUUAUUAUCUUGGCUUGUGACGGAAUCUGGGAUGUAAUGAGCAACGAAGAGCUCUGUGAAUUUGUUAAGUCUAGACUUGAAGUAUCAGAUGACCUGGAAAAAGUGUGCAAUUGGGUAGUGGACACUUGUUUACAUAAGGGGAGUCGUGAUAAUAUGAGUAUCGUACUAGUUUGUUUUUCAAAUGCUCCUAAGGUCUCAGAUGAGGCAGUGAAAAAAGAUGCUGAGUUGGAUAAGUACUUAGAAUCACGGGUUGAAGAAAUAAUGGAAAAAUCGGGUGAAGAAGGAAUGCCUGAUCUUGCUCAUGUUAUUCGUAUUUUAACUGCGGAGAAUAUCCCUAAUCUACCACCAGGAGGUGGUUUAGCUGGCAAGCGUAAUAUUAUUGAAGCUGUGUAUAGUAGGCUGAAUCCACACCGAGAGAAUGAGGGGGGUGCUGGAGAACUAGAAGAUCCGUGGUAGCCUUACAAAUCUACUAAAAUGCUUUUGAUUCUGAAAGGGGGGAAAAUAAGUUUUAAAUCUGAUUUCUUCAAGGGAAAAAUUCUGGUGGAUUUCCAACAUUUUAUGAAAUGGGCAGAAAGAUAAUAGAUUUUUUCCAUCACUUGUUCAUUUUUGUGUUUUCUGAUAUUGCCACUCUUAGCAUUGCCUGUAACUACAGUAUUUUUUACCAGCCUCAGGCAUAGUAUUUAAAAAUCUGUAAUGAACUUUGGCCCUUAAAAAGAAGGAACAAAUCUCCCAGCAGAUGAGUAUGUGUAGCUGAGGUGCACGGGUUAGGAGGUGUACUCUGAAGAUACAUUACGGCUACGUGAAACGUGCAGCACAUGAAUGCGAGAGUGCGCAAAGUAAUUGUUUGAGACGUGACUUAAAUUUCACUUUAUUGAGUUGGAAGGCUUUGCAGCUCUGUGGCUUGGAAGUAAUUUUAAUUGGGCAAUACACUAACAGAUGUGUUUUGGGUUUUUAAUUUUCCAGUUUUACCUGUAUUACCAGACCGUUAGGUUUCCCCGCGGUGCCCAAAUUGUGAUGCGUUGCCUACUGCUUGCUUUAAGAUACAUAGUGUUGGCAAUAAUAUCUGAAGACUCUAGGCAUCUAAAAACAGCAAGGAUUUGACGCAUGUGUACCACACACCCUUAAACUCUCGCUAGGAAAACCUUUUAAAACCAAACUGAUGAAUUUAUAGUUAGUAGUGACUCGCUUCGACAUCUCUCACAGCUGCAGGAUUUUUUUUUUUAAAUGCUGAAAAAUUGCCUUUAUUCUAAUGUAAAUUUUUGUUGUUGUUGUUGUUCGAUGUGGUUUUCUGUAGGUUUUUUGAUUUUUUAAAUUUUUUUUUUUUUUUUGGCUUACAGACAGAAGUUUUGUGUAAUAUGGGUUAUAAUUUUUAAUUGUUUGCAUUAUUUUCAAAGUUCAAAUUAUCGCUUGGAGAUUGCUAUAAAUACACUUAAAAUUAUCUAUUUUAAAUUAAGAAAAUAUUAGAGAUAUUUUCAUGGGUUCAACGACCUUUCAUUUUAUAAGCAAAUGGGCAUGGUACAGAGUGGCUGUCAUGUAAGGUACUUGAAGAUUCUUAGUUUAAUUCUAUUUUUGCAAUAACCUUGACUUUUUUUCUGACUUCUUUGAGUUGUGCAUGUAAUGAGUCCAGUAAAUGCUGAAAACGGGGAAGAGUAAAGUAUUUAUCUAAAAUAAAAGCUAUUGGGGAGGGGAAACAAUGAAUGUAUCCAUCUGUACAUGAUUUACAUGCUGUGGAUGCCUUGUAAACAUUUUCCUAUUUGUUUAAACUGUGUUUCAGCGAGGAUGUAAUUGCCCUUGUGUGUAGUUUUAAGCUAAUGACAGUCAUCAACUGGUUUUAUGUGAAAUGGAAUUCUCAUGGUAUUUUUCUGUAACUUUAUCCCCAUGGUGAGUCUGUAAAACCCACACACUCUUUCAUACUGGUGCUGAAGGCCAGCUCUCCCAAUCAUUUUGAUUCACUGUGUAUCUAAUUUUUUUUGGUCUAGAGAGGUUUAUUGCCACAGUAUAUUUUAUUUAUUCAUUAGACUUUAGCCUUGUAAGUUAAAGUGUUCUAAAUGAUGAUGUUAACAGGUAUUUGUCCCUUUUUUGUUUUUUUUUUGGGGGGGGGUGGUAAAAGAUAGGGAAUGAAGAAUGCAAACUGGUUUAUUGUUCAGACUGUCCGCUCUGGUCCAAUCCUGUACUGAUAGUACCUUCCCAGUAUGAUAUUGUGAUGUUUCAUACAAUACAGUGAACAUAGCCAACUUGUUAUCUUCAAUAAAGGAUUGAUAAAACAGUG